GCGCUCCACGCGGUUCGUUGUUUACAUGUUGCGGGAAAGAGCAGUGUGUUGUGAAAUCUCCUGCAGGGAUCCAGUUUCACUAAUCACAUGUCACAGAGCUUUCACACACUGCACUGAGACUUUUACUGAUUCUACACCCUUUUAUUCUCUGGUGGGUUAACUGUGUGAGAAUGUUUGGGCUCGGGAGUCGACUGGCCCACAUGUACCUCUCCUCGGGGCCUGGAGAACCCAGCGGCUCCGUAAAGAGCAGCAGCCGAUCAGCUUCUCCUGCUGGUCUGGAGCUGGCAAAAAACAAAGAGGAGAAGAUUCCUACCUUACAAGAAUUUCUGCAACAUGUGCGGAGGCUCAGUGGGCUGAAGAAAGAAGACAUGUUCUGUAACCUGCGUAUCCCAAAUCAGUUUCAGACAUCACGACAGGAGAUCAGCCUCAUCAUCCUCACAGGUGCCGGUGUGUACUGUAUGGACGUAAAGCCAUGGAAGGGCGUGGUUUCUGCUCCCAGUCCCGACACGUGGCACAUCCAGGUGAAAGAGGAGGAGCAGAACUUCACUAACACGUCCAUCCAGCAGAUCCCCGACCCCCUGCAGGCCAUCACGAUUAAGGCCAGGGACCUGUGCAGCUACAUGCAGCGGUGCGGCGUGAACAUCAAGCCUACGCUCUUUUUACCCAGAAUCCUCUUCCUCUCACCACACUGUCACCUGGACGAAGAGCUGAGGAAGAGGAAGGAGCUGGUCUCUCACGGUGACAUGGAGAUGUUUCUGCGCUCACUCAGGGAGGGUUACAUCACCUGGAUUACAGACGCCAUCACACCCUCGUGGAUCUCAGGUCACCUGUCAUUCAGGCAGUUGGGGGCGGUGCGAGACGUGCUGGGACGGUUGGGGACGUGGGACGUGGUGCAGCUGAGCAGCGGCGCCGAGCUCAAGGGCGAUUUUCAGGGUUGCCAGCACCUCGCCCUCGACAGACAGGAAACACACCUGCUGGAAUUCAGCAGGGGGCGGAGCCUAAGUACUGACACACUGUGGGCUCUGCUGGGACACACACCGCAGGUGACGGUGAGGAUGUACAAGCGUGGAGCUCACAGCUGGUUGGGAAAACCUCUCAGCGGGACGGCCACCAUCCCAUCCAACACACACAUCGUGUUCCGCAUCAGCGGCGAUGACAAAGACGCCAAGAUCCCGGCUAACAGCAUCCACACCAUCACACUUAGCAUCUAAAGACAGACAGAGAGCGAGAGAGAGAGAAUGAGAGGAAUCUCCAGGUAAACGUUAGCAAACGUAACGACUUCACAUGACUCUAAAUGAACUCUCGACUGUGUUUGAAGUGAUUAGUCAGUUAGGCAGACCAUCAUGCUCUCCUGUCUUGUUCUAUAUUUCUGAGAAAAUGUGUUAUUUGUCAAAAUGAUAAUGAUGAUUUUUAAAAUUUUUAACGAUUCGUAAGAAUUCUCACCCUUAACACUUUCUUAACACUCAUAAAUACACAGAUUGCCUUCAGAGCAACACCACAGAGCGGCCAUUUUGUUUCCAUUCAGCAGCCAUUUUGUUUCCAUUCAGCAGCCAUUUUGUUUUCAUUCAGCAGCCAUUUUGUUUUCAUUCAGCGGCCAUUUUGUUUCCAUUCAGGUCCCUUCAGUCCAACGAUUGCUGUUUACACAAUAAACUAAAUAAUCACUUUCUUCCACAAAUAACCUUCUUCAUAAGAACAAGCUUUCUAUUAAAGUAUUGGCACCCUCAACUUCCAUUAUGAGAAACGUUCUUGCGUCUCAUGCUCAGUAGUUCUCCGUGACAUCACACGGAUUUAACCGGAAUCAUUUUGGAUUUGAAUUUGUGCCUAAUGGAAACUUUACGCUUUAAGAGUGAAAAUCUGGACUUUAUUUCCGUAAUAUAAACCUUUUACAUUCAUAUAAAUUUUUUUAGUUACUACGAUGAUGAUGAUUCUUCUAUAGCAUCAUUCUAAAGAACCUUUACUCAUAAAAGCACAUUUAUUUAUUUUUUAAUUUAUUUUUUUACCAUACAGCAUGUACAGCGUGUACGUAGUACAUCAAAUCCCUCAUUUUUGUGUGAGAUCGGGUUUGGAUCGUCCGCAUGUCGGCUUGUUUAACAACUACACGAUUUAUGACGGCUGUAAUUGCUCACUCAACAAAACAGCGGCUGCUCAUCUUGACACAUUUUUCAACACCGAAUCCAUUUGCGACCUCGCGCAUUGUUAAAGCUCUCCGAGAGCAGCGGCUGGAGCACAAGCUACGUAAACUGCGCUAAACUCGACUCGUGACACAACUGCACUCCUGCACCCAAGCACAAUGGGAAUCGCUGGCGUUUUAUGGAAAUGGUGACGGUUCGGCUAAUUAGCGUGGCUCAUUUUCUCUUGUUUUGGAUGACGAGUCUAGUGUCAGCCCAUGCUUUGAAGCGGCAAAUUAAUUAGCGAUUGUGUCGCUGAACUCGUUCAAGGAGUGAGCGCUAAUGCUAAUUUGAUGCAGGUGUGGAACUGGGACUGAUUGAUGCUGAGUGAAGAGUUAUGUUGAGCUGUAGAAUGGUCUAGAAGUUUUUUUUUCCAUAAAGUUGAACUGGAUUUAUUACAGCUGAAUGGAGUUUCACUCAGAUUUCUCUGGACCUCUUUUAAUCCUGACAAGAUUACAGUUAGCAAAGUUUUUUUUGUUCACAUCAGAGUCUUAACAAUUCCUUCAUUAAUUCCUUUAUGCUAUACUCUUUAUUUUCCUUCUAUCAAAAACUUGUAAACAUAACAUUUACAGCCAUUUUACUUUUCUUCUUAGCAUUGAUUCUUCACACUGUUUAGCAUCCGUGCUAUGUUAUGCUAGUUUUCACCACCAGAUGAAUCGAGAAAGAGAUAAAAUUGAUUCAAACUGAUGUCAGUACUAAUGGCUAACAACGCCGUUCUGGUGUGUUACGCUAGUUUAGCAAGAAAUAUUGUUUACUUUUAUCUCUAGAUUUUAUAGAUUGGUCAUUAUUUUGUUGUGACUUAAUCACUGAAUUGUGCUCUUCUUUUAACGUUAUUGCUAACAGCUAGCAGUCUCAUUUCAUGCCUCUGAGAUUUUUAUGUUGCUUAAUCCAUUAUCUUUUCCUGUCAGUGCUAACAGCUAUGUUAUGCUAGCUAGUUUAUUAUGAGGAUUUAUUAUUACGGAGGAAUAAUUGGUCUUAUUUGUUGACCCAUUCACAGGGUUUUUUCACUCAGUGCAUUGUACUUCUUUCUUACCACCAGCGCUAACAGCUAACAGUCCCAUUUAGCGUCUCUGGUAUUGGCUCUAAUGGAGUUGUUAUAGAUGUAGCGUGAGUGCCUUAAGCUAACACAGAGAUUCGGAUCUUUGUGAAUGGCGGCUCUCGAGGCUCAAACUGCAUUAUGUUGCACUCAAGUUUCACAAAUGGCUGUUUAUGAAUUUACCCUGGAGGACAUUUCGUGUCCGUGGGAGCUCUGAGGUUUGACAUCGUGUUAUCCGAUGGCUGUGUUAUCGGUGAAAAGCAUCGCAUAGCCAUGGGGUGACGGAAACGUAACGGUUCCUUUAGUGAGGUAUGACUGCAUAUGAUAAGGGCUCAGGUUUUCCUUUUUAAUGUAUAGCGAGUACAAAAUACCUCAAUAAAGUUUUAGCUAUGAAUGUGAGCUGUGAUGGAAAUCAUUGUGACAGAGUUAAGAUCAUAAAUGAUUUUUACAAUUUUACAAUCUCACCUUGUAUACUUUAUAUGAACAUACCAUAAAUUUUAUAUACAGUACUGUGCAAAAGUCUUAUUUUUAUUUUUUACUUUUUUAAAACCCUAUUUUUUUUUUUUAGUACAAACUUUGUUAUAGAUGUUUAUUUUCUGACUUCUACAUUAUUGAUUCAGUACAAAAACAUUUUCGAUUCCAAACAUUAGUUUUCCAGCACAAAAUGAAAUGUUACAGAAAUGUUUGUAUGUCAGUAAAGAAAGCAGCAGAUUCCAUAAGAGACACUUUUCAGAUAAAAACAUAAUGAAGGCUGCUGGGUUUCGCUGCAGAAAUAAGAAGCGAGUCGACAGUCAAAGUCUCCAGAAGAACUGUGGCUGCUUCUGCAAGAUGCUCAGUAACACUUCCAGCUCAUUUCCUUAUAAAACUGCACACACUGCACCUCAGAUACUGGUUUAUUUAAAAAGUGAAGGAUUGUCACACCAAAUAUUGACUUUGUUUCAAUUAUUACUGUUUACUGCUCUUUAUAGUAUUUUUUUUUUAAUGUAGAAACAUUUAAUUUCAUUAUUUUUGAAGGCGUCUUUACUCUACAGCAUUUCUUUGCAUGUGCCUAAGACUUUUGCACAGAACUGUAUAUAUAUAUAUAUAUAUAUAUAUAUAUAUAUAUAUAUAUAUAUAUAUAUAUAUAAUGUAAUAAAUUUGAAAAUACUUUAUAUGUUUCUCUACAAAGCUUGUUUAAAUUGGAAACUGUGUGUACUGCAAAGAAAGAUCUAGACGUCUGACUCCACGAUUCCUGUAUCUUCUGUAACUACUGUAUCUUCCAUCAGGUAUCAAAAAUGAACAUAAACCUUUGCUAUGCUUUAUAUUUCAUUUAAAUAUUUAUGUUGCUGCUGUUUUCAGUUAGUAAGAACACACCGGAGCUUUUUCCCCCAAAAAAAACAGCCCGAGAAAAAAACAGCAGGACUCUAGCAUAUUUUCCGAUAAUUUCUGAGACAAUUAGAAAAGUCACAGUGAUGACACUGUUAAGAUCAUCAUGGACGAAGAGUUCAGAGUGAAAUUGUUAAUCGAAUCAGUUUCCACGUGUGGCAUUUCAGGUGUUCAGGAGUUAUUAUGUCAUCACGUUUAUUAUUUUAAUUUACCAGUCUUACAUGUAGGGCUUUCCAAUGAUUUAGCAGCAGCUGUGUUAACGAGAUGGAAAAAUUGUCGUAAGUUUUGACGUUUGCCAGAAUGAACGUUUCCGCUUUUCCUAAGUCACGUGACAAGGUCAUUUAACCAAACUGUAUUUCUGUAUACUUGUGUUAGGUGAUUAGUAGUAAAAUAUGAGAUCUUAAAAAUUGGAAUGUGGAUUUUCACCUUUGAAUGCAAAAUAUUACGUAACCAAUCACGUAAUUCACGUAACCAAUCAGCAGCAAGUAGGGCUGCUAGCCCCGCCCCCCAAGUACCACUGUUUCCAUUUGGUGCAAAACAAGAAAACAAUCCAGAUUUUUAUUGGUGAAAAAGGAAGUAAUCUAGUUUGAAAAAUAUAAUUAGAAUCUGUAUUUGUUUUUAUAACUGAUUAAAUUAAAAAAAUAUUUAUAUAAACUGAUUAAAGUGGACUUUUGGGCCUGGCUGUAACCGGGUUCUACUUAUUUGAACAGAUCAUUUAUGGGUUUGUAUUUACAUAAAAAUGUUUUUUUUCCACAAUAUGUUGUUACUAUGCAUGAAAAUUAUUACAUUUUCAGGCAAAACACUGGAAAUAAAAAUGACCUGGCUUUGAAUGCUCUGUUUUUUUAAUAUUUAGCAAUAACUGUUUACAGACAUAAGAAUUGCGGGUAUCUGAUGAUCAAAUUUUAAUUAGCUGAGUUUACAAAGUUUUCAUUUCUCAAGACUGUUAAACUUAGAAAACUGUUGUGUUAUACUUAAACAGAUAUUACUGUAUUGUUAGACACAAUACUGUUUAUUCGUGUGGUAAACUUGGGUGCAUAUUUUUACUGUAUUUUCUAUGGUUUGCUAAUAUAUGUAUGACUGAAGUGUAUAUGCUUGUGUGUUUGUGUGACUUUUCAAUAAAUUACAACAAAAUGACAGCAUGCUGUUGGGAAAUGUAUGUGCAUGGCAAUAAAAUAAAAAAAAAUCAAUAAAAA